AUGGACCUCCAAUAUCUACUCGCCAAGUACCCUUUACGGAACCAGGUAAAAGGCUACUACCUAUCAUUAUUCUUACUAUCUAACAGUGAAAAAUUGGCCGCCAAACGUUCCCUCACAUUGGCCAGAGACUCAAGGACAAAUAUCAAGUAUGACAUUAAAGUAAUCAAGAAACUAUCAUCAAGAAUCAACAAUAUCUUGUACCAAACCAAUCUUUCCAACUUAGUGAUUGUUAAUGCCCUCAAAUAUUUUGACCAAAUCAUCAAAUCACCAACCCAGCAUUCAUCGCUAACGAUAUACUAUAAGAACCAUCAAGACAACGUUCUCAUACUCUUCAUUGCCUGUUUAAUGGUAUCCAACAAAACUUAUGACGACUCAUCAUUUGUUAACAAAACGUGGGCCUCAGUAGCGAAGUUCCCAUUAAAGAAGUUGAACCAUUUGGAACUGGAGACUUUGUCGCUAUUAAAGUUCAAAGUGUUUGAAUUCCAUGUCGAUGAUUUCUACCCAUGGAUGAAAUGGUGUGUCGACCAGAUCCCGAGCCUUGAAGCAUUGCUUGAAAUGGCUUCCCAUAACGUCAAUCCUUUGAUGAACACCACCCCAAGUGUCAAACCAAUUCAAGUGAUGAGAAGAAGUUCAGGAAGAUUCAAUUCAAAGAGAGCAUGCCUUCCAGCCAUUAUUAACAAUCAACACGGCCGUACCUACAACAACAUUCUUACUCCUUCAAUUACUCCUGAAAGAAUUGCUUAUCAUAAACCACCUUAUCAGCAGCAGCAGCAACAACAACAACAACAACAACAAGUUAAUUCAUGUCCCCCAAAGCAAUUCAACCAAUCAUUACCUCAAGUUGUUGAUUAUUCAAUGACUGUUCAACCACAACAACAGCAACAACAACAACAAGCCCAUUCUUCGGUUUUUACUUCUCCUUCAUUUUACAAGUCGUCUGGGAAUUCAAUUUUAUUGCCAAACUUGAAUAUCUACACCCCUCCAAUGACAAACUCCAACGAUUUGUAUUAUGCGAAACAAUUGAUGAAUCAACAACCGCCAUCCAACAUCAAUCCACAGAGUUUUGACAUUAGAAAUGAUGAGAUUGAUAUCUCAUCAUACCCAACCCCACAAUUCUCAUUGCAACAAUAUUGUCCGGCUGCUAAUCCUUCGGUAACUUUACUUCCUCAAGUCAACCCAAGUUAUGAAACGGUGUAUUAUCCUACGGUUGCACAAAAACCAUAUCCUCAACUACAGUUCCAACAGCAACAAUUUUCUAAUCAAUUCAACAAUCCACUGAUGGUUAGAAAUAGAGUGCCUUAUUAA